AGACAAAAUUAACCUCAAAGCCGUCAAACGUAACACAAAAUAUUAGUUUUUACAGGGCUUAUUUACAAGAUUUAAAGCUCAUUACAGUCUUUAACCUAAAUUGCAAUAAACAAAAUAAUCAGUCGAUUACAAAGGAUUCAAACCAAGGCUAGAAAAUUUUGGCCAUGCACCUCGAAGCUAUAUUACUUAGUCUAUCAAGUCUAUGGUGUCUUUUCUCUAGUCUCUGAUUUUUGACAGCUGCAGUGGAAGAGAUUCAAGCCGAAAAUGUACAAAUUUACGAACCAUUUAGCCAACGCAAAGUUGGUAUUGGUACGCAAGCAGCUGGACGGCACCUGCGCCGCCCUGGUGCUCAUGCGCCAGCGGCGGUCACAGGGUACCAACCCCCCGGAGAACUGCCCGCAGCCAACCACUCCGCCCAAGAGUCGGAAGCUGCUGUAUGGCACACUUGGGGCUAUUCUGCUCACUGGGGGCGCCGUUGUCUAUGCCAAGAGCAGCCCCGAAGCCCGCAACUGGCUGGAAAGCAAUAUGCCUAUAGCUAACGACUUUAUCGCACUAGUGUACCAAGAAAAUACAACCUAUUGGAAGAGCGCUGUUAAUACCUUCAACAAUGCCAGCACCUCACUCGGCCACCUGAUGUUCGGGAAGGAAGGCGUGAUCCCCAUCGAGGUCAGAAAGAAGACCGACAAGGAAUUUGAGGCGGAAGCCAAGAUAAACCUCGGUCCCAAAAAUUAUCCAUUGCCUCCGCCGGCGUUCGAACCCCUGUACUACGAGGAACCGAAAAUAGUCGCCCCCGAGGUAAACCAGCCAGCAAUCCUCAUCCAAUCGGACAAAGGCGACCCACAGCCACCGUUGAAGAUCGAGAUCACCAAGGACCUCGUAGAACUUGAACAAGACAUGCACGAAAACACUCGUAUUGCUGUAGACAACUAUAAACAAGCGGUGAAACACGCUGAGAGAUAUAACAAGGCGUUGUAUAAGAUCGUGGAAAGCCCCAUCGAGGACUUGAGCAACACGUUGUUCAAUAAUCUGCAGUCCGCGCAGAACGAUCUCAAGACAACUGAGACUACAGCUAAGACCGCUUGCGCUAAGGCCCGCUGUGCUAUUGAGACCAUAGACCGUAUGCUGAAAGCCGGGGUGAAAGCGCCUCCGGAAUCCAUAGCGUCCACCAAGCGGUACCUGAAGCAGUUCCGCGAAGAUCUGUCCCGCGUCGAGGCCAAUUUUAACGAGGAGAAAGAGAAGGCGGUACUCAGCGACAAGUACUGGGAAAAGGUAGAACACGCGCGGCAGACGUACAAGCGUGAGCUACAAGCGUUGUUCCCCGGCUUGGACCUGAGCGCGCGCAAGUUGGACGUACGCGGUGACACCGAUCUGCUGCUCUUGUACACGCUGCGACAGGUGGCGUAUCUUCAAAAUGAAAUCGCCGAACUGCAGACAGUCAGGGAACUCAAAAUGAACCGAGCUAUCGAAUGUCACGACGAGAAAAAGUUAAUCGAAGCUAAAGUGGAGGACAUGAUUAAAAAGGAACAAUUAGAGAAAGACAAGGAAUUCAAUAAAAAGAUCCUGGAGGUGCAUGCGGAGGCUGCGCGGCAGAUGAAGGAACAGCUCAAGAAACAGAUGGAAGUCCAACAGGAGGUCAUGCAGGCCGCGCUAGCGAGAAAGGAACAAGAGGUGAUGUCCAAAUUCAGCCGCCAAGUAUCAGAACAAGUGGAAAAACAGCGUGUAAUUUUCAAGCGUGAGUUAGCCGCCAUGGCUGGUAAACUGCAGGCCAUCGAGCAGACCCUCAAACAGCGCGCGAAGGCCGAGGAAGAGGCGCGGCGCUCGCAGUCGCUAUGGGCGGCCGCCGAGGCGCUGCUCGCCGCCACGCGCCGCGCCGCCAUACAAGUCACUGUGGACAAGGAGCUGCAGGCGCUAGAGAAGGCUGGUAAAAAUGAUAAGCUGGUCGAGACCGUCUUGAAAGGCAUCCCGAAGGACGCGCGCAACAAGGGUAUUGUCACAGAGAAAACGCUGCGGGACAGGUUUGACAUGAUGGAGCAGAACGCAGUGAAAGUGGCGCUCGUCGGUAGAAAUGGCGCUUCGCUACCUAUCUACUUUCUCUCGUGGCUGCAGUCGAAACUACUCUUCCCUAAGCUAGCUGAAAUACCGCAAGACGAGCUAGACAACCUACCUACAGAUUUUACGCAGUUAGACACGUUUGACAUCAUCCAGAGGGCAAGGUACUACAUGGACCACGGGAACCUGUCCGCUGCCUUGCGUUAUAUUAACCUACUACAGGGCGCGCCUCGCGCCGCGGCCAUCCCGUGGCUGGAGUCUGCGCGCGCGCACCUGGAGAUCAAGCAGGCCGCUGAGGCUGUCAUGGCGCACGCAUCCGUAUCCGGCCUGCUCUACUUGUAGGGACCAUUACAGCGU